AUGGCCUCCGGCAAUCCCGUAGAGGAGCUCUGCGAUGAGACGACCUGCUCGGUCUGCCUGGAGUAUUUCCAGCAGCCGGUGAUCACCGACUGCGGGCACAUUUUCUGCCAAGCUUGCCUGGCCCGGUGCUGGGAGAAGCCCGGCGCCGCCUCUUGCCCUCAGUGCCGUGAAGCCAUGCAGACGAGGGACUUGAGGCCCAGCCGGCAGCUGGCCAAUGUCGUCGAGCUUGUCAAGAAACUGGAGGAGGCGAGAAAAGAAGGCCAGCGGGGAGUGUGCGGGAGGCACCAGGAGCCCUUGAAGCUCUUCUGCAGGGACGACGAAGCCUCCAUCUGCGUGGUGUGCGACAGGUCCAAGGGGCACCGAGAGCACCGGGUCGUCCCUGUGGAGGAAGCCGUCCAAAGCUACAUGGAGAAGAUCCAAGCCCAAGUACAGUCCCUGGAGAAAGAAAAAGAAAAAAUUGUGGGUUGGAAACUGGUGGAAGAGGAGAGAAGCCAGAGAUGCCUUACACAGUUAGGAGUGGAGAAGCAGCAAGUCAUGUCAGCUUUUGAGCGAAUGCAGGCGUUUCUUGAGGAAAAGGAGCACUUCUGGCUGACUCAGUUGGGCUCGAUUGAGAAAGAAAUUGAGAAGAGGCGGGAAGAAAAUGUCACCAGAUUUUCCGGGGAGAUUUCCCGUCUCAGUCAUCUGAUCACAGAGAUGGAGAGGAAGCGCCUGCAGCCAGCCCAUGAAUUCUUGCAGGACAUCAGAAACACCUUGGGCAGGUAUGUGGCCCUUUCUCUGCACCCCUUUUGUUGUUCACCUGGUGUGGAAGAGAUUCACAGUGUUAAUCCUAAUCGUGUCUACUCAGAAGUAAGCCCUAUUCAGUUCAAUAAGGCUUACUCCCCAGGGAAUGAUGUCAUCAAGAUCUGCUGUAGGUUUGACACGGAGUUCAGAUUGAGACUGGCAGACAGGCUGAGGGCUUACCCACAUGGGAGCAUUACUUCGUACUAA